GGAGCGAUGCGGAGACAAUAGGACGCCACAGGAAGCCGGUGGAGGAGGCUGUCGUGGAUGCGCACGGUCCCAGCUGCCCGGUGGACGGCGACAUCCGCGCGGACUCGCCCUUUUCAUCGCCUCACCUGGUUCUAAUAUGCGUGCUCUCCGCCGUCCGGUUUGUUUAACAUCGCUUGGACGGACAGCCAGGGCGGACUCCACAGCCCCGUUAUGAGCAUCUCUUCAAUGUAACGUCAACUGUCAGCUGCCGCCACUCCAAACCCGCCUCGGCAUCCAUCCCUCACUCCCGUCCUCUCGCUGCGUCCUCCCGGACCCCUCAAGUCCUUCGGCAUGAGCUCCUCUUCGCUGACGUCGCAAACAAACAUGGACAUCCUGGAUGAGCUGCAGCUGAUUGCAGCCCAGAACCUGGAGAAGUUGGAAGUCAAUAAGUAUUACGAAGUCAUGAGAGAGCUGGGCAAGGGCACCUACGGCAAGGUGGACCUCGUCAUCCACAAGAUCAGAGGUACCAAAAUGGCGCUGAAGUUCUUGAAGAAGAAGACCACCAAGCUGAAGUCGUUCCUGCGGGAGUAUAGCAUCUCGCUCUACUUGUCUCCCUGCCCGUUCAUCAUCAACAUGUUUGGCAUCGCCUUCGAGACGGACGAGUACUACGUUUUCGCGCAGGAGUACGCGCUCGCGGGGGAUCUCUUUGACAUCAUUCCUCCGCAGGUCGGUCUCCCCGAAGCAGUGGCAAAGCGCUGCGUCCACCAAGUAGCCAUUGCUUUGGACUACCUGCACUGUAAGAAGCUGGUCCACAGGGACAUCAAGCCCGAAAACAUUCUCAUUUUUGACCGGGAGUGCCGCAAAGUCAAGCUGUCCGAUUUCGGCAUGACCCGUCGCGCCGGCUCGCCCGUGAAACGAGUCAGCGGCACCAUCCCGUACACGGCCCCCGAGUUGUGCGAUGUGUCCCGCCACGAGGGUUUCUGCGUGGACUACAGCACUGACGUGUGGGCCUUCGGCGUGCUUCUCUUCUGCAUGCUGACUGGCAACUUCCCCUGGGAGAAGGCGCUGGCCUCCGACUCUUUCUACCAGGAGUUCAUCCGCUGGCAGAGGAGGAGGACCAACACGGUGCCGUCCCAGUGGAGACGCUUCACUGAGCAGGCCCUGCGCAUGUUCCGCCGCUUGCUCUCGGUGGAGCAGGAGCGACGCUGCUCCGUCAAAGAGGUAUUCGGAUACUUCAGCCAUUCGUGGAUGCUGGACGGCGAGAACAACAACAACAACGGCAACGGUGGGAGCGGCCCCGGGGAAAGGGUCGGCGGCGGCAGUAAUGUGCGAGGCGAGGCCAACGACAAUAUGUCCUCAUCUUCAUCCGGGGAGGAAGACGAGGAACUCCUAGUGGAACGGAUGAAGCAGCAGACUCUGUCUCCACUCUCCCCCCUCUCGCCGGUGUCACCCGUAGCCGCUGAGCGCGGCGGCGGCGGUGCGGCCAAGGGCGCCACGAUGGAACUGGGCGGCGGCCACCAUUUCGUAUCCGUGUCCACCAACAGCUCGGUGUCCUCCACCAACAGCUACGAACGGAUGCCGCGGGAAAACAGCUCCCCGGGAGGCCGGAUGCUCGUGGCCACGCCCAUCGAGAUAUGCGUCUGAGCACCCCGUCGACAUUUUUUUCGACGUGAAUCCCGUCUCACCGGUGUGCUCUUCUACCACUCAUCCACCCCAUGUACACAGUCAAUGUGCAUGCACGGAGAACGAGACACUGAACACCGUCCUUGUUGUUGUGGAAGCACAGGGCAGACGAACUGUGCAAACCUGAAAAGUAUAACAGAAGACCAAAAUGUCGUUCCUAAAGCAAUAUUUCCGAAAAAAAGCAAAAAAAAAAAACCCUAAAAACAAACAAACAAAAAAAAAACAGUCAGGAGGGAACAUGACUUCUUUGGGGGCUUGACUUGGCGCCCCCCCAGAAAGCUUGAAAUGUGUUGUACGUUUGACGAACGAAACAAGACAAACUUGAAAGACGAAGUGCUUUUUAAAUACAUCAAGUGUGUUUCAUUAACUGGAUCCUUUUUUUGUAACGCAUUGAGGAGGUGAUUUUUAGUCACAAGAUUCGGGCUAAAAUUCAACUGCUCAUUGGCUGUCGGAUGAUGGUUUAGAACUCUGCGCUUUUAACAUAUCUACUUCACACAUUUUUUUUACUCACUCUUGUGUGACAUAAAAUAUACAUCAUUAAUUCUUUUCAACUCUGCGCCCCACAAAAAAAACGAAAACAAAACUAGACAAAAAAAAUUCCAAUAUAUAAUGCAUGAGUAGCUCAGCAACUUUACACACAUCCAAAAAAAUGUCAUGUGGAAUUUUUGACGUAGCACAAUUCUUGCAUUACGUCCAAGAGGGACUGUCAUAUGAUCUCUUGACGUUUUAGGGCUAAAGCAAAAAAAAAAACAAAACAAAAAAAAAAAAAAAACAAC